AUGCUCGUCACUCCGACAAGGGUCUCGUGCUGCGCGGACAAGACAUUUCGCAACUCCAUCAGGGCAAGUAGCUUUGAGUCCUCUAGAGCCGACUACGCCCUUCGGCUACAAGCCCUCCGCGACGUCCAAAAAUCCAACAAACGACCCCUGACACUGUCUGAAAAGGUUCUUUACAGCCAUCUGAUACCCGGUGAAGAAGGAUGGGUUCUCGACGAAAUAAAAAGAGGCAAGACGAUACUGCGUCUGCGACCGGAUCGGGUUGCCUGUCAUGACGCGACGGCGACCAUGGCGUUGCUCCAAUUCAUAAGCGCUGGUCUGCCGCGAGUCAGAGUCCCAACUUCGGUUCAUAGCGACCACUUGAUCGUGGCCGAAAAGGGAGACAAGGAGGAUUUGUCAAGAGCUGCCAGCGACCACCGGGAGGUGUAUGCCUUUCUGAGUUCCGCGACGAAGAAAUACGGGAUAGGUUAUUGGAAACCGGGCGCCGGUAUCAUUCACACAACCAUCUUUGAGAACUACGCUUUCCCUGGUGGUCUGAUGAUUGGUACGGAUUCUCACACACCGAACGCGGGUGGCAUGGGUAUGCUGGGAAUUGGCGUUGGCGGCGCCGAUGCGGUUGAUGCAAUGUCCGGCAUGCCUUGGGAACUCGCGUGUCCGAAGGUGGUCGGCGUGCGUCUGACGGGCAAGCUCCAGGGAUGGAGCUCUUCGAAAGACAUCAUCUGCAAGCUAGCGGGUAUCCUCACGGUUUCUGGGGGUAAAGGAAGGAUCAUCGAGUUCUUUGGCCCCGGCACCGAAACCCUCGGAGCGACUGCGAUGGCUACAGUCUGCAACAUGUCCGCAGAAAUCGGGUCGACGUCCUGCAUAUUCCCAUACUCGGAAGCCAUGUCACGAUAUCUUUCGGCAACAAAACGGAAGGGCAUCGCCAAGUACGCCGACUCCUUCAAGCAAGAGCUUCUUAUUGCCGACGAAGGCAGCGACCGAUACUACGACGACAUCAUCGAAAUCGACCUAUCGACCCUCGAACCCCACAUCAACGGCCCCUUCACUCCCGACCUCGCCCACCCCCUCUCUCAGUUCAAAGACCAUGUUAGCGAAAGCUCUUGGCCUACGAAUCUGAGCUGCAGCCUCGUGGGCAGCUGUACCAACAGCUCGUACGAGGAUCUCGAAAAGGUCCGCGACCUUGUGAUACAGGCGAAGAAGGCUGGGCUGGAUCGUCCAAAGACACCAUUCUUGGUCAGCCCAGGGAGCGAACAGAUUCGAGCGACAGCUGAAGAGGAGGGUAUUCUUGAGACGCUACGACAAGCUGGUGCAACUGUCUUGAGCAACUCUUGCGGGCCUUGUGUCGGUCAAUGGGAUAGGAAAGAUGUCGAUGUCAAGGGGGCUGAAAAGAACUCCGUCAUCUCCAGCUUCAACAGAAAUUUCACUGGCCGACACGAUAGCAACCCUGCAACCCACUCCUUUGUCACAUCCCCAGAGCUGGCGACAGCUUUCGCUUUCGCAGGCAACUUGACCUUCAACCCCAUCACAGACGCCAUUCCUGUGCCCGGCGCGACAACGCCUUUCCGAUUCACACCUCCAAAAGCGGAAGAGCUUCCCGUCGCCUUCUUCCCUGGCGCCGAUCGAUUCCAACCGCCAGUGAUGACCGACACUUCGGAGUUGACCGUCAACAUCGAUCCUAAGAGCGACCGACUACAGCUCCUAACGCCGUUUGCGCCAUGGCAGCCAGGAAACGCGAGUAACCUGACUGUCCUCAUCAAGGUCCGUGGCAAGUGUACAACAGACCACAUCUCCCCCGCAGGUCCUUGGUACAAUUACCGCGGCCACCUCGAGAACAUCAGCAACAACCUCCUCCUCGGCGCCACCAACGACUUCCUGCCAGAUGCAAGCACCCUCCAGAUGAUUGGCAAGGCCAAGGACCCCGUAGAUGGCGACAAGAUCAAGCCCGUACCUCAAGCAGCACGGAGCUUGAAGGAAGCGGGUAUCAGGUGGUGCAUCAUUGGCGACAACAACUACGGCGAAGGCAGCUCCCGCGAGCACGCUGCGCUGGAGCCCCGAUAUCUGGGUGGCGUUGCUGUCAUCACCCGGGGUUUUGCCAGAAUUCACGAGACGAAUCUGAAGAAGCAAGGAAUGCUCCCUCUAACAUUCGCUCACCCUGCCGACUACGACAAGAUUCGGGAUGGAGAUAAGAUCACGCUUUUGGAUGUCGAGGAGGGAGAAUUGCAACCCGGGAAACAGGUCACGAUGGAGGUCGUCACGAAGGAAGGGUCGAGGUGGAAGGCGAAGCUGAAUCACUCGUACGAGUUGAAUCAGAUCGAGUGGCUGCGGGCUGGCAGUGCACUCAACUACAUCAAGCGAGUUGCCCUUGGACAGAGCGAAUGA